CCCGGCGUGGGCGGUGCCACCCCUCCCCCCCGGCAGCCCCGCGCGCAGCUCCCUGCUCCCUCCCCCCUUGGAUGUGGCUGGAGCUGCAGGCGCGCCGGGCCGAAGACGCCGCAGACCCGCGACCCGGAGCAGCUCGGAGGCGGUGAAGUCGUAAUAGCUCUUCAAGUCUGCAGUAAAAAAUGGCCUCCAAUAAAACUACAUUGCAAAAAAUGGGAAAGAAACAGAAUGGAAAGAGUAAAAAAGUUGAAGAGGCAGAGCCUGAAGAAUUUGUGGUGGAAAAAGUACUAGAUCGACGGGUAGUAAAUGGGAAAGUGGAGUAUUUCCUGAAGUGGAAGGGAUUUACAGAUGCUGACAAUACUUGGGAACCUGAAGAAAAUUUAGAUUGUCCAGAGUUGAUUGAAGCAUUUCUUAAUUCUCAAAAAGCUGGCAAAGAAAAAGAUGGUACAAAAAGAAAAUCUUUGUCUGACAGUGAAUCUGAUGACAGCAAAUCAAAGAAGAAAAGAGAUGCUGCUGACAAACCAAGAGGAUUUGCCAGAGGUCUUGAUCCUGAAAGAAUAAUUGGUGCCACAGACAGCAGUGGAGAAUUGAUGUUUCUCAUGAAAUGGAAAGAUUCAGAUGAGGCAGACUUGGUGCUGGCGAAAGAGGCAAAUAUGAAGUGUCCUCAAAUUGUAAUUGCUUUUUAUGAAGAAAGACUAACUUGGCAUUCUUGUCCAGAAGAUGAAGCUCAAUAAUUGUUCACUUUUUUUUUUAUAUAUAUUUAUAUAUAUAUAUAAAAUUUGGGUCUUGUUUUUGGUUUAUUAGUGUGACGAAAUAACUACAUCCAAUGAAAAUCAAGUUUGAUAGGUUCGUUUUUGAAGGUAGUGUUGGAAGAGUUGUUGGGUUUUUUUUUUUUUUGGCAUCCAUAGCACUGGUUACUUAGAACAAAUAAAUAAGAGCUUUCUGUAAUUGCUUCCUUGAUCAGAAAAGAACAUUUGAUACCAUGGUAUAUUAUUUCCUCUGCAUUAAAGAACAGCUUUUCUAAAUGUUAGGGAAAACGUCCAUAGUCAUUACUCAAUCAAAACUUGUGUUCUCAUAAGCCUAAGGACCAUUCUGGGUUUUUUUAUGUGUUUUUUUGUGUAUGUAUACAUAAAAUGCAUAUGUAAUUUUUUUUUGUUUUGUUUUUAAACAAACAUUCACCAAAAAGUCACAAGUAAGCCCAUGUUUCUGAGAUGCCGUUAUUCUGAGCAAAAUAAGAGCUAAUCACUUCAAGUUAAAUUGAAAUUUUUCCUGAAGCCAUACAUUUCAAGUAUGUAAAGAAAUAAGUGAUUAUAAUUAAUAGGACAAUUUAAAUUGGAUAAUUUUAAAGCAUCUAUAUCUAUAAAUGCAGUUUUUUGUUGGCAGAAUUCCUGAAAGGAAAACUUACCACUAACAUUACAGGAGGUUUACCCAUCCGUAUGAGGAAACUAGACAAGUGCUAGUGUGCUUUAAUUAGCUAAACAAAACUAAGUUAAAUGAACAUUUAAAAAUCUGCUAGAAGGCCAUUCCUUAACAAACUGUUGAAAUUCCUGUUGCUACAUUGACUGAAAGGUCAUGAUUCAUGGAACAUCUAAGACUUGGUUCAUAGAAACCUAAUCAGAGAUGUUGGCGGUUUAUGACCUGCUGACAUAAAUGUAUGAACAACCUUUUGUAAUCUAACCUAUUGACCUGCAUGUUUUUUCUUUACUCCAACUCAUUCCUUACAUGUAGGCUCAGUCUUUCAGUUACUCGCUUUACUGGUUCAACAAAAGCCAGGAAAAACAACUUUGUAGUAAUCAGAAUGUUAUCCAACUGUAUAUUGUUUACUUUAUUGUAAAUACUGGUGAACAGUGGUUAAUAAAUAGUUUUAUAUUCCUUUAUGCAA